UUCUCGUUGAAAGGAGUUGAAUUUACCCAUGUUUGCAAGACAUAGGUGUUGUUUGGAGUGAAACGCUUUUUUCGAAGGAAAUUCCAAAGUGUGAUUUGAAACAGCAUAAAUGUUUCGUGAAUAAUAUAAUAUGUGUAACAAAGUGUUAGAGAAAACUGACUUUUGGGGGUUAUUGAAUGCUUCUCAAGGCAAACUUGACAAUUCUAUAAUUCAAGGAACUAAGCAGACACUAUAAUUACAUACUGUCUUUAUGGACUAUGCUUAUAAAACAAAUAGCUGUAUGACAAACUGCAUUGACCAUGCCGAAGGAGACAAACAAAUGAAAUUUGUGACAUAGAUACACGUAUGCAACUUUAAUUCGCCCCAACAUGACGUGCUUAACAACCACCGCCUUCUGGUGUACUGCAAUUGGAGUUUCCCUCCUGUUUUUCUCAUGGCUAGCCCCGUUCUGGCUUUCCCACCAUGAAGGACGUGUCGCAAACCAUUACCAAGGCCUUUGGUACAGGGCUAUUUGCAAACAACUUUCAUGUGACUUUGGUCAGGUCAUCAUGAAUAACGACAACAUUCCGCUCAUAGGACCAACAUGGAAUGUGGAGAUCAUCGUUGUACCGGUGCUGACAACGAUAGCCUUGGUGUUCGGUGUGUGUGCCAUGGCGCUGUUGGAGCUGCUGACCUGCAAGUGUAGCCGAAAGGCACUCACAUGGAAGGCCCGCAAAAUCCUCCUUGCCUGCAUCCUGCUCCUCGCAUUCACAGGAGUUCUUGGCCUGAUUUCGAUGUUCAUAUCGUACUACAUCGCAGACGAAUAUUACACAGACCACAAGAACUCCUUUGUGUUUCCAUGGUGCCUACUCCUGUUAACCCUAGCUGUCAUCUUGAUCAUUGUCGGUGCCAUCUUGUACGCUAUUAUUACAUACAAAUGGGACAUUUACCGUGACCACUACGAGAGCUGGGGUUAUAAUCUGGACAAAGUAGAUGCGGUACCAAUACAGACUCUUCGAACCAGAGACACGUCAAGUUUCAAGCGCAGCGUUCGUGAACCUCCUAUUAGCAACGGAGUUGGGUCUUACAACAACCCUGUCCUCGGAAGGUCGAACACCUAUGCUGGAAGCUUAUCCAGUUCGGCAUACAAUCUGAAUUCAUCAGCUUUGAGGAAAUCCGGAAGUGGCUACGGAGGUCAGUCGGCACUCGCUUCGCCAUUGUCCAGAUCCUUGUAUGGAAAUUCGCGAUCAGCGUAUGGCGCGAGCAAAAUGAAAGAUGAUACAUACUUUGAUUUCAGAGGAUCAGACUUAAGGUUUUCUAAAAGCCAUUCAAACCUCAAUUUGAAUUCGUCUCGUAGAUCACUUAACGACAGUCCAUCAAUUCUUCGCAGAACUAAUGUGACAGAAUACAUGAAAGACGAUGACGACUAUUUGGGUCGAUUGAGAUCAUCGAAACGGUCCGAAGAAGUCAUCGAUCCUUUGCGACUUUCGAGCGGGCGUACUCUUUAUAGAGAGGCUAAUGAGGGCGCGUUUUCUGGCUUCUCAAUCAGCGAAUCAAGGUCAAGCACCGGUCUCAGGUCUGCCGCAAGUGAACCGACUGUUUUGGACAUCCUGUAUAGAGAGUCAAAACGAAAUAAUGACUUCUAGGACCUUUCGUGCCUUCGUGCCUCAUUAGUUUGCUUUUCUCACACAAUACUCCACUAUUAUUUUGUUGUUGUUGCAGAGAUAAAAGGCAUGAACUGCAACAUGAACUAUCUUACACGUAUGCGUAUACAUGUACGAUAAUGCUUAGAUGAAUAUUAAAAUUGUUACUCUAGUAUAAAGCGCGUUCCUGUUUGUGUGUUGAGAAUGUGCACUGCUUCUAUGAAGAUGAUUGUUUUUGUAAAUAUUGAUUUUUGUCGGGGCAAGAAGUGUGAGGUCUAGUUUAAGACUACAGUGGACACGUGUAGUGUUUGUUCGUUUGUGUCUCUAGUUCAUUGUCGUCUGUGUCUCUAGUUCAUUGUCGUCUGUGUCUCUUGUUCAUUGUCGUCUGUGUAUCUAAUUCAUUGUCGUCUGUGUCUCUAGUUCAUUGUCGUUUGUGUCUCUAGUUCA